AUGGCUGCCGAAGAGCAGCAGCAACAACCUUCCGCGCAAGACGCGCAAGACGCGCCGGCCUCCCCGCCCCUGCCGGCGCGCCACACCGCAGUCACCCCGGGUCCGCGCGCCGCCCGCUUCCAGGAGAUGUACAACCUGGCACUGUCGCAUACGCUCAACAAGAUCAGCUACGAGAACUUCGCCGCGUGCUACCCGACCAUCGCGGCGCAGGCGCCCGGCGUGCUGAAGCAGGUGCAGAAGCAGAUGGUGGAACGGUUAGGCGAGCUGUGCAAUAAAGAGUUCGAUCUCGUGCUACAGAAUCGCAAUGUUGUCCCAAAGCUUAACGAGCUCGAGAGUCUGGUCAGUGACGCGGGACGGAGAAAAGACGAGAAGUCGGGGACCACGGCGGCGCCGCCCACGCCGCCGCAUCUGUUGCCUGCCGACGAUAUCCUCGCGGCGCAUCUGGCACCCCAUCUAGCGUCGCAGCAGUCGCAGAUCAACGCAAAGUUGCAGAAUAUGCAGGCGGACAACGUGCGGCUGUUUGAGGAGAUCCAGGCACAGCGCACGGAGAUAGAGACACUGCUAGCUGCGGUGGAGAAAGUGCUUGCGGAUGUAGAUGGUGCAAAUGGUCUGCUGGACGGCGUGGUCGAGGAUCUGGCGAAAGAGACGAGGACUGUGGAGGUCGAGAUGGCGGACUCGUGA